AUGCGUGACAAAUGGGCAGUUCGUGAAUCGGUUUGGACUGCGCUGGAAACGGCGCGAGUUGUCCGAGGGAAGUCGGUACAUGACAAGAUCCCGAACUUCAUCGGAAGCGAAGCUGCGGCGACCCUGGUGUCGGAGCUUCCCGAAUGGGAAACCGCGCGCGCCGUCAAGAGCAACCCCGACCAGGCGCAGCGCCCACUGAGGCAACUCGCGCUGGAGCAGGGGAAGUUGCUGUACAUGGCGGUGCCGCGGCUCAGGGACGAGCGGGUAUUCAUCGAGCUCGACCCGGCUCGUGCCGAGGUUGUGCCAGCCAAGGCAGCCACGAUCUCGGGGGCUUUCAAGGUCGGUCGCCCGGUGUACGUACACGAGAUGCAGCCCAUCGACCUGGUCGUGUCCGGUUCCGUGGCCGUCAAUCGACGAGGGGUUCGGAUCGGCAAGGGCGGCGGCUUCGCGGACCUGGAAUACGGCCUGGCGGCGGCGGCCGGCGUGGUAAAGCCCGGUACGCCGGUGGUCAGCACGGUCCACCCCAUGCAAUUGCUGGACGAGGAUCUGCCCUGGACGCAACACGACGUGCCGCUGGACAUCGUGGUCACGACCGAGGCGGUCAUCCGCUGCGACACCGGAGCGGACCCGAUACCGCGCCCCCAGGGCAUCUAUUGGGAAGACCUUGACGAACGCAAGAUCCGGUCCAUCCCCCUGCUGGUGCAACUGCGGAAGGAUAGCCAACCGGCCGGCUGA